AUGACGCGACCUCCGCCCGACACCUUCACUAUCCGCCCUGCCACGCCCGCCGACGCACCUCUACUUCCCGCCGUGGAGCAAUCUGCCGGCCAAGCUUUUCUCCAGACUCAGGACCUCGCGUGGGUUGCCGACGACUCUGGCCAGUCCGUAGAGCGCCACCUCGCCCUGAUAUCACAGAGCGUCGCUUGGGUCGCGGUUGGCCCUGCCGGCCCGGCGGCCCUGGAAGAGGCCGCCCCCGUUGGUUUCUUGAACGGCGAGGUCCUCCAGGGCAACUUGCACAUCUGGGAAAUGUCAGUACACAAGGACCAUCAGGGGAAGGGUAUCGGCCGGGCCCUCAUGGCUCAGGCAAAGAAGUGGGCAGCCGAGCAACAGCUUCCCUCCGUGACAUUAACCACCUUUCGCCAUGUCCCGUGGAAUGAACAGGUUUUACGAGUCAAUGGGGUUUGUCACACUAGAGGACGCCGAAGUGACGGCUGCCCUGAGGCAAGUCUUGGACGACGAGGCUAG